AUGCGCAACUUUAAAGCGUAUUACCGCAGGCGCUUUGAUUGGCAGCUCCUGGAUCGACUUGAGAACUAUCAGCCGGACGCAGCAAAGAUCAACUUUUUGGAGGCGAUUCAGCUGGCGCAUGCAGCAUGGACUCUGGAUGUGCAGCCUGAGUGCAACUUACUGCUCGAAAAUCCCGACGAAGAGCAGAUGAUCUACACUCCGACAGAGGUAGAGAUUCUCGAUAGGGUUCAAAUGCCAAAGUCAGCCCGUGGCAACUACAUUAAGGAAGAAGAUAGCGUGACCGCACCGCCCGUCUCUACUCGGAACGCUGCACCGAUUCUUGUAGCGCUCAAGACUUUCUGGUUGCAGCAGGAGACUGGAGAGGAGUUCUCAGGGACGAUUCAGAAAAUGCAGGAUCAGGUGGGAAAUCUUCGGCAAAAAUCCUCUAAGCAACAAACUCUGGAUAUUUUUAAUGAAGUGGUCCCCCGGUAUUAG